AUGGGGCAAACAAAUAGCAAGAUUCGUAUCACAGAAACAGAUAAGGCUGUUUUACAAUUAAAGAGGUCCAAAGAUGAGAUACACAAAUUUACUAGAAGGACAGAUAAGUUAAUUGAACAAGAAAAAAUAAGGAUAAAACAAAUGAUUAAAGAUAAUCCUGAGAACUAUAAACAAAAUAAGAAGAUAAGAUUAUUAUUAAAAAGGAUGCAUUACCAGGAAUAUUUAGUGCAACAAGCUUCUGAUCAGUUAACCAAUCUGGAGUUUAUGAUAUCUAAUAUUGAAUUUAAAUUAAUUGAAGUUCAGUUUUUACAGGGUUUAAAAAAAGGAAAUGAUAUUUUAACAAAGCUAAAUAAAGAAUUUGUUAAUGUUGAUGAGGUUAUUAGUGACUUUCAAGAACAGUUAGAAUAUCAAAACGAAGUUGAUAACGCACUUGCCCACAGUGUCAUUGGUGUUGGCGACAUUGAAGUAGCACUAGACAAAGAACUAGAUGAUUUAGAAAAUGAACUGAAAUCAAAGAUGUUAACUAAUAUGCCUACAACAACAGGAUUGGCUUCUUUAGAAAGCAAUAAGGAAAACAGUAAGGCAAAGGUUAUAAAAGUUAAUCAUAAGAAUGACAAAAUUCCUUUGUAUACGUAA